CCGGCUGUACUUCCGGUUGCCCUACGUGUGUCUCGCUGCAGACUCUUUAGCAUCUUGUGACUGUUGUUAUUGUUUAUUUAGAUAAAUAAUCAUGUCUCUGGAAGUCGAAUCCGCAGACGUGAUCCGUCUGAUCAUGCAGUACCUGAAAGAAAACAAUCUGCAGAGGACUCUGGUCACGCUGCAGGAGGAGACCACAGUGUCUUUGAACACAGUGGACAGUAUCGAGAGCUUCGUGGCGGACAUUAACAGCGGCCAUUGGGACACCGUCCUGCAAGCCAUCCAGUCCCUCAAGCUGCCAGAUAAAACCCUGAUCGACCUUUACGAACAGGUGGUGCUGGAGCUGAUCGAGUUGAGAGAGUUGGGUGCAGCCCGUUCCCUCCUCAGGCAGACCGACCCCAUGAUCAUGCUGAAACAAACGCAGCCGGAGAGAUACAUUCACCUGGAGAACCUGCUGGCUCGCUCCUACUUCGAUCCCAGAGAGGCGUACCCGGACGGCAGCAGUAAGGAGAAGCGACGAGCAGCCAUCGCUCAGGCGCUGGCGGGGGAGGUCAGCGUGGUGCCGCCCUCUCGUCUCAUGGCUCUGCUCGGACAGUCUCUGAAGUGGCAGCAGCAUCAGGGUCUCCUCCCUCCUGGAAUGACCAUCGAUUUAUUCAGAGGUAAAGCCGCCGUCAAAGAUGUGGAAGAGGAGCGCUUCCCCACGCAGCUCAGCAGACACAUCAAGUUUGGACAGAAAUCCCACGUAGAGUGUUCCCGCUUCUCCCCUGACGGUCAGUAUCUGGUCACCGGCUCUGUGGACGGCUUCAUCGAGGUUUGGAACUUCACCACGGGCAAAAUCAGAAAGGAUCUUAAGUACCAGGCUCAGGAUAACUUCAUGAUGAUGGACGAUGCAGUGUUGUGUAUGGGCUUCAGUCGAGACACGGAGAUGUUAGCCACCGGCGCUCAGGAUGGAAAGAUCAAGGUGUGGAAGAUCCAGAGCGGUCAGUGUCUGAGGAGGUUUGAACGUGCUCACAGUAAAGGAGUAACAUGCAUCAGCUUCUGUAAAGACAGCAGCCAGCUCCUCAGCGCCUCCUUCGACCAGACAAUCAGAAUUCACGGAUUGAAGUCGGGUAAAACUCUGAAGGAGUUUCGCGGUCACUCCUCAUUCGUCAACGAGGCCACGUUCACUCCAGACGGUCACCACAUCGUCAGCGCCUCCUCUGACGGUACAGUGAAGAUGUGGAACGUGAAGACCACCGAGUGCAGCAGCACCUUCAAACCUCUGGGUACGUCGGCCGGCACGGACAUCACCGUCAACAACGUCAUCCUGCUGCCCAAAAACCCCGAGCACUUCGUAGUGUGUAAUCGCUCCAACACCGUGGUCAUCAUGAACAUGCAGGGACAGAUCGUGAGGAGUUUCAGCUCCGGUAAAAGGGAAGGAGGUGACUUUGUGUGCUGCACUCUGUCUCCUCGCGGCGAGUGGAUCUACUGCGUGGGUGAAGACUUUGUGCUCUACUGCUUCAGCACCGUCACCGGCAAGCUGGAGCGAACGCUGACGGUCCACGAGAAAGACGUGAUCGGCAUCGCCCACCACCCGCACCAGAACCUGAUCUCCACCUACAGCGAGGACGGUCUGCUGAAGCUCUGGAAACCUUGAGGAGGCGUCGGACCACCCCCCAAAACCCAAAACCUGAGACCGGACAUUCUCACUCUGCGGCUGCUCUCCUCACUUCAGACACUGCUCCGCCCGUUUAUUUUUUAUUUUUAUUUUGUCUUUUUAUACUUUGUACAUCCUCGGGGUCAACAUGGACUGAAAGCUCUGGAUGUCGACGACCCUCAGUGAUACUCAGUUUAACACGUUCAGCUGCAUGUUUGUACGAGUGAUUUAAGAUAUUUGUGUGUUUUUCUUUUUUUACAUUUUUGAAUCCACACAGCUGAAUAUUAGUAGUUGAUGUCAGAUUUGGGGGGGGGUUUGACGUGUUUUGCACAGUAGAGCCUUAUUUUUCCUGAAUCUGUGAGGUCUUGAGAAACAAUGUACAGGUUGUCCAGCAAAUAAAUAAUUGAAUAUGUGUCUUAUAAAAACAUGAUUUGCUUUGUUUUAAUGCUAUUCAGUCAGUGUCAUAAGCCGCAGAUAAAUUAAAUAAGGCUCUGCUGUUAAACACCUGAGCUUACUUUUUUGUUUUCUGAGGUGUCAGAUGUUCGGAGGUGAGGAGUGUAGAUACUAGACUCAAUUCUUAUUUUUUAAAAUUCCAAUUUUUCUUUGUAAAUAUGUUUUUUUAUUAGCGUUUUUGAUUUUUUUUUUUCCAAAGAAGACCUGGUUAAAUACUGUUUGUGUCUUUUUUUUUUUUUUUCAAGUCAUGGCAAGAAGUGAAGAGUCCCACCUCAAAAAGUUUCACAUAUAUAUAUUUUGUUUCCUAAAAUGAUUCAUAAACAGCUACUUCAUGUCUAAAUGAACUUUAACCUAUACAUUUAAUUUAAUAAGUCAUUUUACUGACAGGCAUUUUUCCUACAUUGAAUACAUGCAUUUGAAGUGAGACUUAAUAUUUCAAGGACUUCCAUGUUUCCAGAUGUACAAAUGUCCCAUAAAUCCGUCAUCUGUGCCAUUAAAGUUAU